AUGGCUGUCGUCAAUGAUUUUUUCAGUGCAAGUCACGCCCUCGGGACAUGGCGGAGUACUGUGGUCGCUACACUUUUCUGCAGCCUUUUAUACUUCGUGCUCGGUCGGCGAUCUCGCGAAAGUCUACCUCCAGGUCCGCGAGGUUUACCAAUAGUCGGAAACCUGCUGCAGAUGCUCAAAGCACGCAAAGGUGGAAUGGCAUCAUUCGGGUUCUUUUUACGUGAUCUCAACCGAUUUGGCGAGAUGUCAACACUGCGGAUGGGCACUAAGAACUGGAUCAUGCUAAACAGUGACCGAGUGAUCAAGGAAAUUAUAGUGAAUCGUAACAAAAUCACUUCGGAGCGCCCAUAUCAGCCAAUUGCGAGUGGCAUAGUCAGCCGUUGGAAAAGGACCCUUCUACGACGCGUCCCCGACUGGGUUGAGGGGAGGCGAGCUAUGCAACAUCUCCUAAGUGGCACCUCGGUCAAAACAUACGGAGAGUGGCAAGAACAAGAAUCAGCCAUUCUGCUUGGUGCGUAUCUGGAUGAGCCCGAAAAUUGGUACAUACACCACUAUCGCUACACUGUCGGUAUCGCCUUCAAGAUCGUAUUAGGUAUAAAGCUGGAUAGACCCACGUCGGAUCUCGAGGACUUCAGGAGAAUGACGAGAGAGUUUGUCAUAUCGAUCGGUGGGAGCGCCUACGACUACUUCCCUUGGCUGAACAAAUUACCUAGUUGGCUUCGAUUUGGCCGCAAGUAUUGGGAAGACAUGGGCGAUUGGCACUACCAAACGCUGCGAAAAUGGUGGGUGCCUUUCAAGCAGACCGUGGACAAGGGUGCCGCUCCCCCAUCGUGGACGAGGGAUUAUCUGAUGAAUCAGACGCCGCCGUUUGGAGGAGGUGAAGACGAAGAAGCCAUGUACCUUGCAUUGUCCAUCGUCUCAGCCGGGAGUGAUAAUACUCGUAUGCUUUUGAACGCGUGGGUCAUGUCGGCAAUUUCGUAUCCCGGGGCAUUUCUCAAAGCGCGUGAGGCGGUUGAAAAGGUUGUCGGAAAGGAUGCCACUCGACUACCAGAUCUCUCAGAUCUCCAAAAGAUCACAUACAUCUCAGCCACCAUCAAGGAGCUGCUCCGCUGGCGGCCGCCUGUUCCGGUCGUGCCAGCGCACUUGCUGACAGAAGACCUUGAUUUUGAAGGUUACUAUUUCCCGGCCGGAACGGAAUUUGUGAUAAGCCCGUUUGCAGUGGGCAGACGGGAUUACAAGGAUGCGGAAUCAUUUGACCCCGAUCGUUGGAUGAACGGGACGGAAACAAACUUGUUGGAUGGCCUCUGGUAA